AUGAGAAGCAUUGUUGUCACCGGAGGGGCCUCGGGCAUUGGCCUGGGUAUAACCCGACACUUCAUCACUCAGCCAGACACUCAUAUUACCAUACUUGACGUCAACGUGACUUCCGGCGCACAAGUCCUGCAGCAACUUCAGACAGAGUUUCCGUCCGCUAGUGUGUCCUUUGAGGAAUGCGAUGUCUCCUCCUGGGAAAGUCAAGCUGCAGCCUUUGAGAAGACAUACACCCAGCAAGGCCGUGUUGAUAUUGUCUUCGCCAAUGCAGGAAUUUCAAGGGAAGGUAACUUGCUACCUGUAAAGGGAGAUUCCCCACCUGUCAAGCCGAAUCUUACAACAAUGAAUGUGAAUCUUGUGGGAGUGAUAUACACUGUCCACCUUGCGACUUACUAUAUGUAUAAGAAUGCGACGCGUGACCCCUCAGCAUCUUCGCACGGCUUGAUCGUCUGCACUGCGUCGAAUGCUGGUCUCUACCCAUUCCCAGUAGCACCAUUAUACGCAAGCACAAAGUCUGGUGUGAUCGGACUCGUGCGAUCCUUAGCCCGUCGACUGGAGCAAGACAAGAUCCGUAUCAAUGCCUUGGCGCCGGCUGUCAUUGAAACAAAUAUCGCACCGAGCUCCGAUCUCUUCAAGCCCAUGAUUAUCACACCGAUGUCAACGGCUACUAAAGCAGUGGCUCAAUUUGCGGCGGAUGAAUCGUUAGCUGGGAAGAUUGCAGAAGUACAUGGUGAGCAUGUUACCUUCGCGGAGCCCCCACCUUAUGUGGAUGAGGACACUGGCAAGAACAUAGAGACUUUCUGGAACUUAGGAUACGCAUGA